AUGAUUUAUUAUUCAUAUUAUAGAGUAGUUAUUGCUCUUAAUAGCUUCUCAAACAGACAUACCACCGCAGGUUAAGUACUUGCUGAACAUGUUGGUGUAGAAGAAUUCGGAGGCAGACUUGGGGUUAAGGGUGGAGAUGAUGGAGUUCAUGCACUUGGUGUAAGAGGCGGUGAACUUAUCGGUGGCAUCAGAAGAUUAGAUGUCGUUUUAGAAGGUCUUGCAUUCAGUAGUGGCAGCAUCGAGGGAAGCAUCACCGUAUAAAGCGUGGAACUUGUUGGCGGUGGCGUAACAAGCAUAGAGAGCAGUGUCGUUGUUCUUGAUAUCAUCACAGAUGGGGGUCUUGGUGGUGAUACAAGCUUACCAGGAGUGGAAGUCAAUAGUGGUAGCUUCGACGUUCUUGUUGUUCAAGACGAAGACGGCACCGAGGGUGAGGAGAGCCAAAACGGGGAGGGCAAUGAAUUGAUUCUCUGA